CCACCCGCUCCAACUGUCAACAUAUAUUACUCGAUAAAGUGGGAUAGUCACGUCGUCGAUAUUCCCCUUAAAUUAAAAAGAGACUACCGACCAAAUAGGCUCAUUUAUCUCUGUCGCAACGGUCACCCAUUUUAAGAUCGCAGGGCGCAAUCUAGAGUAUUAUAUAUCUAUGGCUUCAACGGCUCUUGAGACAGUUACUAAUUUGAAAGUGUCUUGUAAAUAAGCAAAAAAUAAAUAAUUAAUUGGAUUGUGAUAGUUAAUUAAGCGUGAUUUUAUUUUACAUAUACAGUAUAUAGUGAUGGAUAUGCCAGAAAUUCUUCAAGUUGGCUCGAGUAUUAACAUAAAAAGGACAGAUGGGCGAAUACAUUCAGCAAUCGUUGCUGCUAUCAAUGAAGACCAACGAUGUGCCACUGUGGAGUGGUUCGAACAGGGUGAAACUAAAGGCAAAGAAAUUGAUAUGGCCGCAAUAGAGUCACUAAAUCCAGAUGUAGUCAUCCUGAGGCAAGGGGAAAAGCCUACCACCCAGGACCGGACGACCAUCACACAGUCCCAAUUCAACAAACUACAACGUGACCCCACUAGACAAUCUAUAGCCAGCGUCAAGCAAAACAAUGGGAUAAAGUCUGCACAUCAGUCCAGGAUGACCCUGAUUCCAAAUAAUGGUCAUACACUAACAUCUAGCAGUGAACCUAAAGAAAGUAAUAUACCCACGAGUAGGAUGACCGCGGCUCAAAACUCGAGAAGAAGUAAUGUAGUGAAAGAGGUUGAGAAGUUGAAGAAGAAUAGAGAAGAGAGGAGGCAGAGGCAAGCUGAGGAAAAAGCGGAAAAGGAGGAAUUUCUCAAAAUGGCUCCAGGUAAUCCACAUUGGGAACUACUUAAUAUGAUAUACGAAUACCGGCGCGGAAUCGAUAUAAAGCCUCUAACUGAAAAUGAUCCAAUUGAAGAUCAUCUAAUUACUGUAUGUGUAAGAAAAAGACCUUUGAAUAGAAAAGAAGUAGCUAGAAAAGAAGUCGAUGUUAUUACCAUACCAAGUAAAAAUCAGUUGAUUGUACAUGAACCGAAAAAUAAAGUAGACUUAACCAAAUAUCUCGAAAAUCAACUAUUCCGAUUUGAUUAUGCCUUUGAUGAAUCCUGCUCAAAUGAACUGGUUUAUAGGUACACAGCACAACCAUUGAUAAAGACAAUAUUCGAGGGAGGUUUUGCCACUUGCUUCGCGUACGGCCAAACGGGAUCCGGCAAGACGCAUACCAUGGGCGGUGACUUCAGCCAGGGCAAAAAUCAAAACUGCGAAAGAGGUAUCUACGCGAUGGCCGCCUCAGACGUUUUCCGAUUGGUGAAUUCCUCGAAAUAUAGAAAUUUGAAUCUCGUGGUAUCUGCUAGUUUUUUUGAAAUUUAUUCAGGUAAAGUCUUCGAUCUACUGAACAACAAAGCAAAACUCCGAAUAUUAGAAGAUGGAAAACAGCAGGUACAGGUGGUCGGACUGGAAGAGAAGGUAGUCAAUAACGUCCAGGAAGUUCUGGGAUUCAUUCAAAAAGGCAACCAAGCACGCACAUCAGGUCAAACGUUCGCUAACAAUAAUUCAUCACGAUCCCAUGCAGUGUUCCAAAUCUAUUUAAGGUCAAACAACAAUAUGUCAAAGAUUCACGGAAAGUUUUCACUGAUAGAUUUAGCUGGUAACGAAAGAGGUGCUGAUACUUCGUCGGCCAAUAGGCAGACGAGAAUGGAAGGUGCGGAAAUUAACAAAUCGUUAUUGGCCUUGAAAGAAUGUAUCAGAGCACUCGGCCGUAAAGGUGCCCACUUGCCUUUCCGAGUUAGCAAACUUACUCAGGUGCUAAGAGAUUCCUUUGUGGGUACCAAUUCACGAACGUGCAUGAUAGCGAUGAUCUCUCCAGGCGUUAAUUCUUGUGAACACAGCUUAAACACGCUGCGAUACGCCGAUCGAGUGAAGGAACUAGUAGCGGGCGAUUUGCAAACGAACAGCGGAUCCGAUAACGAACAGGACGAAGAUGGUGAUUUGUUGCAACUGAGAUCGCUAAACGAGAACGAUAUGACACCAGAAAUGCUCAACCUGCACCAGUUUAUAUCAGAACUAGAAGUAGCCGAAGAAAAUAUGUUAGACAACCACAAACAAACCAUCGACGAAAUGGAAGCAACUUUAGUCAAAGCAUCCGAACUGCGCCGCAUGGCCGAUACAGUGGCGUACGACCAAGAGGCCUACUGCAAGAGCUGGGAAGAGCUCAUCGAUAAUUCUCUCUCUAUUUUGGUUCGAGCAAAAGAGAUAGUCGAGGAUUACAAAGGAAAGUUGGCAGCUGAGGAACAACUUAGCCGCAAGACUACGAAACGAAAGUAAAACCUUUUUACCGAUAUAAUUAUACGCGCUACCACAUUUGAAACUAUUUUAUUAACGAAUCUGGAUGAUUUUCGAACCGUUUUUAUUAUUUUAUUGUUAUUUAAACUGUUGAUAUACGUAACUUGUUUAGUAUGGCAGUUCUACCAUUGUUUAUGUAGUAAAAGUUGGUCAACCUAACGAGUAAAUUUGUUCGAUUCUAGUUGAGACAGCCACCAGAUGUCACCACCAUUUCUGCCACGGUUGCCAUAUCAAGCGUAACUACGAUAAGUCCAAAAUGCAUAGCGUUGACCACAGCGUUAAACAAAUUUAUUCAUAGCGUUGACCAACUAUUACUAUAUAAACAAUGGUUCUAAUGUUUGUUGUAGAUUUAAAGAAAGUAAUAAUAGUACCAAGUAUCUUGGUUUUGUAUAAAGUUAAUUAAAUAUUCAUCACAAAGCGUUUUUUAUACAGAAGAUACAUAAUUUUACGAUGGUAUAAUUAAACAAUGAUUCUCCUUAUCAUGAAGAACUUUGUUUGUUAUUACUUCUUCGGUCUAUUUCGGUCUAUUUUUUGCACGCUCAGACAUUUUCAAUGGGGUUUAUGUCUGGUAAGUUGCUGGGCCAUGGUGAUAGUUUUCCAUCAAAAAUCUUUUAAUGCUUUUAAUUAACGAUACGAUUAAAUUCGACAUCUUUUGAUCAGAGUAUCGUAUCGAGAAAAAUCAAAAUGUAUUUUAAAGCUAAAAAGUGCAGCUUUUCUAUAGCACAAAUACGUGUCUCAAACCUACACAACUUACAAAAGAUAUCGAAUUUUUAUCGUCGAGUUGAUACAAAUUAUUGUAUCCGCUUCAAGCGUUGUUUCUGAGAACGGCUCAUUCUAAACAAAAAGUGCUAAUAAACAUUUUUGUUUAAAAUUAUUUUAGCUACAUUUCUUGUUUGAACUAUUUUUUUUUUUUUUUUUGAAGUUUACACUUUCUUGGGAAAUCGAUGUUUUCCGUCCUCCCACGAGGGGGUCUUAGGGGGAAGCCCGGAAAUAGGAGUGGUAAACUUUUUUGCAUUUCUUGAGGUCCCAAAAUUAACAUCCACAGCAAAAUUCAGCGUAUUCGUCUCGUUUUUAGAGAUUAAAAUCUCUGACGAUUGGCCUACAAACAAUGAUUUAUCUUGAUCAAGUAAAUUUCAAAAAUAGCCACAGGUUGACAUCAAAAAUUAUUGACUAACUAUCUACGAGUAAAAUUAUUCUGUCGGUUGUCACUUUUAACAUUUUACAAAUAUUUCAUACUGAUUAGAAUUUUUACUAAGAUAUCUUGGUAUAAUAUUGAUACAAUACGUUUAGAUUUGGACUAGAUAUAGACGACUGAAGGAAGCGCUAAAAUCGGCAACAUUGUUACGACAACAUCGGAUAAUGUUAGAGUGUUAUAGACCAAGAGGCAGCGCUGAAAAAUCUAUUUGAAUUUACUAAAGCUAGAUUUUUCACAGUUGAUUACUGUGAGUGUGUAGAGAAACAUACUGCGGUCGGUCAA